CCAGAGAUGUUGCAACUAGAAUAAGAUUCGUUUCUCAGGCCUGAGUAUUCUUGGCAUUGACAGAGGCUAUUCAUUAGCCUUUAAAAGUAACAUCUUGCCUUUUGCCACAGCAUCUUGUGAUAGAGCAGAGAAAAGCUGUUUUGGAUUUUUAGAAGACAAAAGGAAUUCUGGACAGUUUUGAGGCCUGGUGUGAUUAUUGAAGCCUGGGGUGAUUUCACAGACAGGAUUUGGGUAUCCUGUCCCUUCACCUUCAACUUCAGGAAACUACAGUUCCCAGAAGUAGCCGUGACGGCUUCAGGUGGCACCACAGCGCUUUAAAGGCAUGGUGCCAGUGUGGCUUGCCUCACAGGUUUGCCGUGAGGCUCCGUGCAAAGAAAAGGAGUCCCUUUGAGAAACUGGCAUGGGAGGGUGCCAAGCAGUGCCAACACGCUUCCCUACUCUGAGAUCUGGGUGCCGGACGACCCGGAGAAAGCUGCCUCUUGGCCUCUCUCCACGCUGGGUGCCGAAGGCAGCAGUCUGUAAGCCUGCUUCCUCAAAAUCUUGCACAACCUUCUCGGCUGUUCUUGGCACGGGUUCAGAUCCCGCCCGGCGGAACAAGAGGCAGAGACGGCCAAAGCCAGAUGCAUGCCAGCGCUGCCGGAGGUAGGGAGACUGGGUGCGUGUGUGGAGGAUUGGCACCCCGUCGCCUUGAGCACCCAGUGGACGCUGGACCCAGGGAGGGCUGGCUUUUCAGGGUGCCCAGAAUUCGGGUAUCAGAUGGGCAGAGGCUGAGUUUCAGCUGAACUGGCAGCAGGUGUCCUUUGGGGACGAAGAACCUAGGGCAGACCAGGGGCUGUGUAUUGUGUUUGGAGGGCAUGCAAUGGGGAUGUUUUCGUGCCCAGGGGACCCUGGCAAGCAAAAAGGGUCUCCUUAAGAGGAGGGGUGGUUUUUGUGUGUGUUUUUUCCAAAGGCCAGCCUAGGUUCUCCAAGGAAAGGAGCAGUAGAGGGUGCAGUUUUCCUAGGUUCUGCUCCUGAGAAUCUGGGCGCAGGAAUCCUGCAGCUCUGGGGCGUCUGAAGUCGAGGGGGUCACCAAUUUUGGACCUGCCAGGCCAUUUUGGGAGAGCAGGGACGGUCCGCCCCCCCCCCAUAUGGCAAAGACAAGGUCACAGCGAGGGUCCUCUGAACAGCACCCCUCUCUGCCCGCCGCCGUCUGGCUGGGUGGGUGUUUCCUGGGGGUGGGAUUCCUGGCCUGCCUGCUCGCUUUGAUCUGCACCCAAUGGCGCCUGGAAACUCUGCGCGGAGAGCUGUCACAGCUGCGAGGGGAGGUGCGAUCUGCCACACACGAGACGGUGGGGGGCCAGGACGCCCCCAGGCCAUGCCAGAGUCCUGGAGAUCUUCCGGAGAGGUCUCCCACACAUCUGGAAAGGAGGAGGAGAAGAAGGGAUACUGGGAGAACCCCUCAGGACUCGCCACGUCCCCGCAGAAAGCAGUCCGUCCUACAUUUGGCUCCCCUCCGACAUUCCAACAGUGAAGAUGGAUUUGCCACAGAAAUAUGGUGGGAGCCUUUCCUCCAGCAAGGCCGAGCCCUGGAGCUCAGUGGACGGGACGUGGUGGUGAGGCACAUGGGGCUUUACUUCGUUUACAGCCAGGUGCUGUUCCGUGACCCCACCUUUACUAUGGGGCAGGUGCUGUGGCGGAAAGCUCACGGGAAGCCCGGCCAAAUCCUGUUCCGCUGUGUCCAGAGCAUGCCCCCCAACCCAGAAAAGGCCUUCAACAGCUGCUAUAGUGGAGGGGUUUUCCACCUGCAGCCUGGAGACCGGCUGAACCUCCGCAUCCCUCGUUUCAAUGCAUCCUUUGACCUGACUGCCCACGGGACCUUCCUGGGGUUUCUCCGUCUAUAGUGGUCUUCUCGGGGGUUCCCACCGUGAGAGACUUCGGGGCCAGAGUGUCAGUCAGCCAGGGUGUUAUGUACUGAGUUGAAUAGGAUCCAAAAGGCAGCAGUCUGAUUGGUCCUAGAACAAUAGGAUCCAAAAGGCAGCAGUCUGAU